GGGCCGCCCCAGUGGGCUUGUGGCAGCGGGUUUCGCACGGUCCAAUGAGCGAGGGCGGCGUGGCCCGGCCUGGCAGCGACGACAACGCGCCUGCGCAAAGGCCGCACGCCUGGGGUUGAGUCCGGGGGCGCGGCAAGGAGAGACAUGAGGCUGAACUGGGUCCUGGCAGUACUGUCCAUCUGCCUGAGUGCCUUGGCCGCGGUCGCGGGUGCCGAGGGCAAGCGGAAGCUGCAGAUCGGGGUCAAGAAGCGGGUGGACCACUGUCCCAUCAAAUCACGGAAGGGUGAUGUCCUGCACAUGCACUACACGGGGAAGCUGGAGGAUGGGACGGAAUUUGACAGCAGUCUGCCCCAGAACCAGCCCUUUGUUUUCUCUCUCGGCACGGGCCAGGUCAUCAAGGGCUGGGACCAGGGGCUGCUGGGGAUGUGUGAGGGGGAAAAGCGGAAGCUGGUGAUCCCAUCAGAGCUAGGGUAUGGAGAGCGGGGAGCUCCCCCAAAGAUUCCAGGUGGUGCAACUCUGGUGUUCGAGGUGGAGCUGCUCAAGAUAGAGCGAAGAUCAGAACUGUAGCCCACUUGGGGAGGGGCAGCUGGGAGAGGCCCCAGCAGGGACCAGACUGUUUCAAAACAAAACAAAAACCUUAAAGCUCAA